AUGGCGGCAGGUCUGGCUCCUAUGACAGACAUGGGCUUAGAAGACAUAAGCAUGGAUGAAAGCCUUCUACUAGCAGACCUAAGUAAUGUUUCGCAGGAUGAAUCCCAACAAAUCAACACCCAGACGCGAGCGGUAGUCUAUUGGGCUGCCAAUAAAGGUGUCACUUCGCAACAGGUGAAAGAGCUUUACCAAAUCGCUCAAAGCCCCCAGCCACAACAAAACCCGCACCCAUCUCCUCCUUCCUCUUCUUCCACAACCACCCCGAAGCUGCCAGAACUAGGUCCUUCUGAUGAGAAAGGAGUCGACUCACCCGUAGAUAGCACCCGCACCGCUUCUUGCAGAAAACGCAAUACCGCGCCUCGCCCAAUAUCCAUGCCUUUAUUUCAGUCCCCGACUCAUCAGUCCACUCAUAAAAGAACCAUGACCGAUGAUACAGGGGACUACUGGUACCGCACAUCAGCCGAUGUCACACGUAUGCUUGGACCAGAAGCAAGCAGUACUCCACCUCGAUCGCAAUCCCGUUCUCAAUCACAAUCUUGCAAACAAUCUCAACUCAAGCCACCCAUACAAAGCCCUCCUGCAUCUCCUCCUCGUCUGCCUGGUACUGGUCUUGUGAAGCAAUUUUCCCAGCUGUCGACAAGUGAGACAUCACAAGAGCGCGGGACGGUUUUAGUACCUGGAUCAUCUGACGAGAGCAACACCCAGCCUGGAACAACCCAAAUUGUCGAUUAUCCCUUUGAACACCUGGUUCAAGCAGACGCCUCCGAUCAGACCAUUUCUCAUUCCAGACUUAUUCCGUCCAAUGAACUCUUCUUUCAGCGGACCCAGAGCCCGCCUUUCAAUAUUCACCAACGGGCUCGCAGCCCGUCCUCCAGUCCUAGUCUUGGAGCUUCUCCCCGCCGAGUAUUUGGCGACAUAAAUAAGGGAGGAGGAAGCAGUCCUCCGGCAAGUUCGGCAAUGCCAACCCAGGAUCCAGAUUUGAACUCCCAGACUACGGGCAUGGUCGUUGACCCGGAUGGAACAGGCGAAGGGGGUUCACUGGAUACCCAAGCCACUGCUCCAACCCAACUUGAUCCGACCCAGCUCAAGUAUAUCAGUGCGACUCCGGUGAUUUCUGGCGGUCUACUCGCAGUUGAUCAAUCUCAAGAGACUCCGCCGACCGGACUUGAAGAACUUAACUCGGAAAGUAGAUCCUUAACACCGCCAACGCAGAUCCACAGGGCUGGAACGCGUUUCCGGACCAGCCCACCUCCCACCACACCCCUCCGGCUACAAGACUCGUCUCGUGAUGUUUUGGGCAAUUCAGUCACAAUCCAUUCGGUCUCACCACGACGUGCAUUUACUACACCUCUCACCCAUCCAAACUCCAACCCACAUAAACUUGAUAGAUCUCGCAAAUCAAGCUUCGCACCUCCUGUGCGCACUCGUCCCGAUGCACAACGUCCCCUACCAUCCCUUAAUACCGGUUCGGCACCGUUACAGUCCACAAGAAGUCGUUGGGAUGCCAAAAGAGCUGAGGAAGAAGAGCGAGAGGCACGUAUGACGGCAACUACCAUACCGUUACCACCCCGUACACCCAGCCCACGCCGACCUAGAGCGCCACCAACAACCAUAGGAAUUGGGACCCAGGACGUAUUGACCGAAUCGACUCCGUUUGUGAGCGGGAGAGGAGGGAUACGGACUCCAAAGGUCAAUAGUCCGCUAUUCUCGCCGAUGAAGACGGGAGUGAGCGAUGAUCCCGUUUCGGACGAAGAUGACCCGCUCACGGAGCCAGAAGCCAACAAUCCAGAACCUUCGAAACCCCCUGGCUCUAUCUCACAUCGUGGGAGUUCUCUUCCUCUUGAAUCUGGUCGAGCGGCUCGCCAAAAAGCUAAACAACGGGAAAAUGAUGUUCGAGAACAGUCCGAAAGCGAGCAGGAGUCCGAAGACGAUGCAACCCCACAACGCUCUAUAAAACCUAGCCGGGGCGGGUCCACUACACGUCGUGGUCGUGGUAGAGGUAGAGGCAGAGGGCGAAGCGUCGCCAAUACGCCUCGCACACCUUAUGAGGCUCAACCAGAGCCAAAGUCUCCCGUCCGAACGACUAGUACCGGAAAGAAACGAGCCCGGGGAGAUAUGCCUAGGGAGAAGUCCCCUGCUCCUGCGAAGAGACACAAAGUGAAACAGGCACCUAGCUCAGCCGCGCCAGCGUCAUCAAGUCUGACCGGCACUCGAGUUCUGGCAUGGUGGCAUGGAGGAAACUACUUCUUUGGAAGUAUUGUGUCCGAGGAGUCCAAAGGACGAUGGGAGAUUGGAUUUGACGAUAGCAGUUCAAGUAAGGUCCCAAUUACAAGAAUACGACGAGCCAUAUUGCAAGUAGGAGAUAGUAUUCAGGUGAAUAGUGGCGGUGAUUUAAUGGUCGACGCAACUGUUGUCAGUGUUGCAAACUGGGAAACAAAGCGCCAAGCCCGGGUUUUGAUGGUUCACGACGGCAAAGAGGUACGGAGGGAUGUAGAGAGCCGAGUGAUUUCCAUCCCGAGCAAGAUCGUGAGCAAGUCAUGGGGCGAUCGGAUGUUUGAAGUAUCUCCUGCACCACCGAUAAAGCGAAAAGGCGUUUUUUCCCAUAGCGGAACAGUGUCAAAAACUGGGUCGGAGCUUACUGGAUAUGCUUUCGUCCUCACAAUCAAAGCAGAAGACGUUGGAGUUGGCGAGAAGGAGCUGGAAGGGUGGAAGGUUAAACUGCGGACCAAGAUUGAAGGACACGGGGGAACUGUCGUGGAUGAGUGGGACGAAUUAUUUUCCAUUCGAGGACGAGCAGAUGCCAAUGGCUGGUAUGCUGAGGAAAUGGCGCUUCAUUAUGUGGGUGGGAGCUCUUGGCCGGACGUACGCAAGGUGUUCCUAUUAAGCGGGAGGAUGGGCACAACGCCCAAGUAUUUGAUGGCGCUGGCACUGGGGGUACCAUGCUUAUCGUAUAAAUGGGUGGACGAGUUCUUGCAAGAUGACACCUCUCAGUGGAUGGAUGCAUUGCUCCCCCGAGGGAUGUCUGAAUUUUACCAAACGGAGAUAUCUCAGGUUGUUGAUCCUCAACUUCAGUCCACAACCAACAUGGUCGAGACAUUGUUGACAAGUAGUGUUACCCGCAAACCAUUCAAAGGAAGCUCUGUUCUUUGUAUCUUCAAGCGAGCCAAGAAAAUCCAGCCAGAAGGGAUAGAUAAGGGCAAAUUCUAUUCACGAGUCGCAUGUGUUAUGGGCGCAUCAACUGUCCACCUCGUACCUGACAACGAUCUAAAUUCCCUAGUACUCCCUCAACCAAUUUUAGAGUACGAUUAUGUCAAUAACUCGAGAGCUCAGUCAGUAGCGGAGAGGGUUGGAAAUUUCCAAGCAUCCGUAGCCACAGUGUCUCAAAUCGCCACUCCUCCAGCGCUAAAGCCAGCCCCCGAUCACAUUUCUCUUGAUUUCCUGAUUCAUAACGACGUUCAGCAUUCACUUAAUUGGAAAGCGAACCAGCCUUUCUUUAUGCGCUCACGGAGAUUCCCAUUAGCUCGCCAGCGUAGGAUGCGUUUAAUUUGCUGUUCGUUCAUUCUCUUAGUCACAAGCACUGUGCUUCUCCUAUCCUGGCGUUCCAAGUCCGAACCAAUUUUAGUCCAAAAUUACCUAGUUCCUGUCAAACCCCCACUCAUUGAUCGCGCUUGGAUGGAGCGGCUAGGGAUGUACGACGAACCUGAACCCGUGGACGUCGAAUGGAUGGGAUCCCUGGCCACCAAUGCUCUCCGAACUCUGCGCGUCACCCAACUACCUGACUCUAACUCAGUCAAGCAGAAUAAGAACAAGAUUAUUUCCAACUCACUUGCUGAUUGGAACCUUUGCGAAUUCCGUGGUCGACAGUGUCGAGUGCUUUUACCCGUAUCGAUCGGAGAGCAAGAGUCCAAGGCUCAGCUACAUCUUCAACAAACCCGAGUCGUUAACCCAACUCGGAGUAAACGUCGUGAGCCAUUCCGCUUUUCAAAAAUGGGUGGCGACAAGAAGGUUGGCCCCGAAAGUGCAAGUAAUCGAGAUCGGACCCGGGGUCAACCGAGCGGAGAAAAUUCAAACAAGUCGAUCGCUGAACUUGGAGAUGUGUCUAAUGGUCCCUCCUGGCGGCGCUGUCUAUCAAAAAGCACAUCUAGAUUAGACUUUUCCGAGUUCAAGAUCCAACUGGCCCAGAGCAGCACACGAUCCACGGAACUUGCAGAGUUCGGAGAGCACAUAAUUCAAACGCUUCAGCCGAUCGUGGACACCGAGGAAAUCCAAGUGUAUGCUCUUGACUGGAGCCUGCGCCAUCCAAUCUUCCGAGAAGCUGCAUUCCGAUACUUGGUCUAUUCCAAACGAAUUCUGGAUUACGCCGAAAAGCUUCUGGAUGCAGCUGGACCUACUGUUGUCGUUCAAUGGCGUAUGGAAUCGGUCCGGCCUGAAAAUUUGCUCGCUUGUUCCUCCAGUCUAAUCACGUUGCUUCGCCUGACAUUGGCUCAAGCAGAAUAUUCCGACGUGAAAACCGUAUAUCUUGCUACUGAUUAUCCUCUGGAAGGUGCUAAUGCUCCGCACUCGGGCACUUUUCGUACCAUCGGAGAUCAGCAUCACGCCGCAAUUCUAGAAUUUCUCAAUGCAUUCCAACCUCGGGGAUCGCUGGAAAUGUAUAGAUUGACACAUCAAACUAAAUUGUCUCGGGUCACAGAAUAUGACAAAGGUUUAGUUGAGAAUGAUUUGGGGUUCCUCGGAAUUGUUGACAAUCGUUUCACAACAAGCAGAAUUAUUCGUUAG